AUGAGCGCAUCGCGCUUAUCUCGAGCAGGUGAUCUCGAUCAAAAUCAGAUGAUCAAAUUCAACGACCGCCAUCACGUGAGCAUCGGUUUGAUCGCUGCUUGUCGGCAAAUUCGUUGUUCCGCUUCAGCACAGCCAGGCAGCUAUCCGAGCGCCAGAAGGCCUGCCCUGGUAUCAAGGGGUAGUUGGAUAGCCAUUUGUGCAACAGACAUGGAUUGGGCUAGUCCGCGAUAUGCAGUCACCAACUCCGUGUCAAGCGUGGGCAACAUUUGUCUUGCUCGUUUCACGGAAUGUCCUUUUGGCCUUCAAUAUUUUGUGCCCAACAAUUUCUUAUUUCAAACCCGUCAACUGUGGCUGUUUGCGCUAUACAAGUCUGAUCAUCCACAGCCGCUGCACGUUAAAUAUGCUGCCUACUGGCUGCAGCUUGCGCCUGUCGAUUCACUGGAUCCCUUGUCAGCUACGAAGGAUGGGGCGAAGAGCAUCCUAGCCAGUAUCAAAAACCAGACUGAGACUGCGGUCCGCAUGGAAUGUUUGUUCCACACAGAUUGUUUGCAGCUACUUUUACCCACUCCCCGUAGAUCCACAGCAUCCCCUUCUAUUUUCAUCCACAUUCUCUCCAAGACCGUAAUCCCUUCACUCGUCCUCGCAGCGUCAGCUGUGAAGGCUAUGCCUAUCCCUGGCACUGAGGAUUUGCUGUCUGCUACUAGCCCCAACUCGUACAGCUCUUCUCUUGUUGUCUUUGGCGACAGCCAGAGCGAUAAUGGCAGCACAUAUCACUACAGCAACAGCUACAUGUGGAACGAAUACAGUGCCAAACUUUUGAAUUUGAACCUCGAAAACUGGGCCAUUGGCGGUUCCACCAACGACAGCAAGUUCGUCCCCGGCUACGGCUGCACCCAGCUGAUCCAAAGCACCACCGACGUGGUUGCCUACCUGGGCGGGCUUUCUGACGGCAAUAUCGACAUGCAAGGCUUUGUUGAUACCCUGGCCAACAAUCUGUUUGACAACGUGAAAAAGCUGCUGGAUGCCGGCUACCCGAAUAUCUACCUGCUCACCAUGCCCAGCUUCGAUGCGAUUCCAGCAAUCGCUGAAUACGGUGUCACUAGCCUGGGCCAGACACUGGCACCAAUGUUCGAUACGGCGUUUCGCAGGGGCCUGAGGAGCCUGUUCUGGACGCAUGGCUCGCGCUCCUUUGGAGUCAAUCUCUUUGACCUUGGCUGCGUUUAUGAUCUGAUGGCCAAACCAGAGAGUCUUGCCGCUCUGACAUCACAACGGGCAAUGACUGGUGCAUCACUUACGCCAAGGACGGCUCUGAGAUCUACUGCACUGAUCCUGAUACCCGCUACUAUUACGACGACUUCCAUGCCUCGGGCCGCAUCCAGUACAUGCUCGGUCUCAUUUUUACCAGCAUUGUCCGCAGCCCGUUCUUCAGACCAGACAUCUGGAACCUGGCGCUAUCCUGGCGGCAAAGUACAAUGUUGCCAAGAGCGACAACAAGCACAACAUCAUUGCCAGCAGCCCGUGAGGUAUGGCAAUAGACGCCACAUGCACUGUCCGCAUCUAAUACAAACAGCUAGUACAUGUGGGCUGGAACCCGAUCACUGGAAACGCCCUAGACAUAAUAUGCGCCCGGUAUACAUGCCACGCAUACCGAUUGCUCGGGGCCGAGGGGACCGCUUCUCGAUUUGUUAUGUACUCGUUUCGAAAUCACGCUGGGCGGAUGAUCGGCGGCCUGAUUUCAGGCUCGAUUUUCAGGCAGCUCUUAUCCCCAUUAACGACAGCGCGCUGUUUCCAUAUGCCGCGUCAGGAGACAGUCCCCGUUUCCCUCCAGAUUAG